AUGAUACUCGACGUCUACCCAAUUGGUAUGAAGCGACUGAUCUUAGUUCAGUGUCAAGGUCAUAUUGAAGACGUCUAUGACUUAGCUUGGUCUCCUAAUAGAACUCAGUUGAUUUCUGGGUCUGUUGAUAACAGCGUGAUAAUUUGGGAUACUAACAAAGGGGAUAAGUUGAGGAUACUAAAGGAUCAUCGUCAGUAUGUCCAAGGGGUGUCAUGGGAUCCCUGUGGAACCUAUGUUACGUCAUAUUCUUGUGACCGCACGUGCCGUAUUUACAACACGUCCAACUACAGAUGUUGUUUUAAUAUUAAUAAAGUGACUGUGCCGAGUUGUGCCAAAAGUGAAACCGGAACACAGAGUUCAAAACAGAUCAAAAUAUUUCACGACGAGACAAUGCCGUCAUUCUUUCGCCGUUUAACGUUUUCACCAGAUGGUUUACUUCUAUUUGUCCCAGGUGGAAAGUUUGAGAUACAAGAGAAGAUGGUGAACACGACUUUCGUUUUCACCAAAGCAUCCAUGAACAAACCAGUCAUGUAUUUUCCCGCCAAGAAGAAACCGACCAUUGCAAAAUAUUAUACUAACCUUAUUGAUGAAUGUUCAAAUGACUCGAAGAAAUUGUUUAAGGUUGUGACAUCGCUUUGUAAAACGCCGAGGGAUGAUCCACAACUGCCACCGCAUGAUGAUUUAUGUCAACUCGUUAAUACUUUCGGUGAAUAUUUUUACCGCAAAAUUGAAAUUAUUAGAAAGGAUAUCGACGACAUUACCAUUGAUCCACAGCCGGUUGAAUAUCGUAGACCAGACGUCAAGCUCGAAUCGUUUACUCCUCUCUCGAACCAAGAGGUUUAUGACAUAAUCAUGCAGUCGUCAAACGCAUCGUGUGAAUUGGAUCCGAUCCCAUCAUGGCUAGCUCUAAAUGGUGAUGCUCCUAGUUAUAUCUCGGCGUUACUGACAUUUAAACCGGCCAGCAAGCUGCCAUAUCGCACAGUAAUAGCUGUUGCAUCUUUGGACAGCGUUGUAUUGUACGACACUCAACGAACGUUGCCGUUUGGUUUUCUUUCAAAUAUGCAUUACGCUUCAUUGACGGACAUCGCUUGGUCCGGAGAUGGUAGAAUCCUUGCGAUUUCCUCCCGAGAUGGUUAUUGUUCUUUGGUGACAUUCGAUGAUAACGAGUUGGGUGUCCCCUACAGUCAAACAGCGAGGGAAAUAAUCGAGAAUUCCACAGUUCCCGCCAAAGAAAGCAGUCCAAAUAGACGAAUUAUCACGACGCCGAGGUGCAAAACACCAGACUCUGGUAAAGAUGAACGCACUCCUCCGAAGAUAGAAAAGCUCUCAAUCAAAAACUUUGUAACAGUAAACGCACCGAAAGCUAACUCCAGCCAAUCAGCAAGCGUACAGAGCUCAGUUAAAACAGCCAACGCUCAAAAUGACGGGGGGGAAACUACGGAACCAGCUCCACGCAGAGUCGGCUUCGUCACCGUGAAGCCUCCGAUGCCGGUGCCAUCUUCGACCGCGGGUAAUAAUUCUGACGCUGCUAUGACAACGGUUUCCAUGGCAACUCAGCCACGGACGGUGAACGUUACGACGCUGCAAGCGAAAGGAACAGCGUCUUUGGAAAAUGAUUGUAAACAUUUGAAUACAAAUAGUUCCGCAUGCGAAGAAGUAAAAACUGUAAGUUCGGCAAACCAGCCUCGCCGGGUGGGAUUCGUCACCAUAAAAUCUCCACAAGAUUCGCGGGUACCCCACAGAAGUCCUACCAAUCCUUCUAGCCAGAAUACAUCAGAUUCCCUUCCGGGGGGUGAGCCCGUGAAAAGCGCCCACGAACCACGUCGAGUUAACUUUGUAACUCUCAAAUCACCACAGAACUCGACUAGGCCACCACGAGAAAUCCUCGCCAUAUCAACAUCGACGAACCACAGUGGGUCAGACACUCCUACCGAGAGAGAGGGGUGCGCUUCCAUGACCCAACCCCCACCGCCCAGAGUCAACUUUGCAACAACAGAGGUUCCCUCGCCUCCCACUGAGAAGGCGACCCAGGCGACCCAGCAGACCGUCAGCGAAAUGUCCAACCAAAGUUCUACAAUUCAUUCAACAAGCAUGGCUAGUACCAGUGUUAAAGCUGCUCAGGACAACAUUACGAGACAAGACAGACCACCAGUACCACUGGAGCCAGAAGUUACUAUCAUAAACCAUUAA